AUGCGAGGCGCGUCGGCGUGUAUCCCGCAAGUCUUUCCCUCUUCCUUCCUUCCUCGCGUCGCUCUUCCUUCCAUCUUGCCACCAGCUGCUGUCACUUACAAAGCAGCAGCAGGCCUCCUCGACUCACAGAGGACCUUCAUCAUUCCCCCCAACUCCUGGCUGCCUGGCGCCGCCUCGCUUCUUUCCACCACCAACCUCACCCUCCGUCGCGGCAGCAUCUUCGGCGCUGCUUGGCUCUCGCAUUCACUACAGCCUGCAUCUCCAUCGCCGCGGUUGAGCUCUUUAUACCCUUGGGCAGCUCCGAGUGUCUCGGCGUUGCUCCCCGCUCUCUCGUCGCCGUCCUCGUUCCGCAGCUUUGCUGCCACCGCAGUCAAGAUGUCCGACUACGAGUCCGACGCCUCGGACAGCUUCAUCCUCCCGGCUCCCACUAAGAAGGCGCCUGCAAAGGCCAAGCCGGCCGCUGCUAAGCCCAAGGCGGCUGCCAAUGGUGCCAAGCCAACCGCCUCCAAGGCCAACGGCGCCGCCAAGCCCAAGAAGCAGCCGCUGGCAAAGCGCAAUAGCAACGGCGCCGACAGCGACAACGACGUCAGCAUGAUGGACAGCGAGGCCGACGUUUCGUUCCAGCCCCCGCCUCCCACGAAGUCGGCCAACUCCAAGAGCGCCUCCGAGACCUACCAGAAGCUCUCGCAACUAGAGCACAUCCUCAAACGUCCCGAUACCUACAUCGGAAGCGUCGAGAAGCAUACAGAAAAGCUCUGGGUCUACGACAAGACCAGGCAGCAGAUGGCCUACCGCGAGACGACCUACGUCCCCGGUUUCUACAAGAUCUUUGACGAGAUCCUCGUCAACGCCGCCGACAACAAGGCGCGCGACCCCAACAUGACCCACCUCAAGGUCGACAUCAACCGAGAGGAAAACUCCAUCAGUGUGUGGAACAACGGCCACGGUAUCCCCGUCGAGAUGCACGACAAGGAGCGCGUAUACAUCCCCGAACUCAUCUUUGGCCACCUCCUCACCUCGUCCAACUACGACGACAACGAGGCCAAGGUCACCGGUGGUAGGAACGGUUACGGUGCCAAGCUCGCCAACAUCUACUCCACCGAGUUCACCGUCGAGACCGCAGACUCCAAGAACCAGUGCAAGUACAAGCAGACCUUCUCCCGAAACAUGCACGACAAGGGCAAGCCCAAGAUCACCGCACACAAGCGCCAGGACGAGUACACCUCCAUCACCUUCAAGCCAGACCUCGCCCUCUUCGGCAUGGACUCGAUCGACGACCACAUGGAGGCGCUCAUGCUCAAGCGCGUAUACGACAUGGCAGGCACCGUCAAAGGCAUCAAGGUCUCCCUCAACGGCGAGCUCCUCAAGAUCAAAAACUUCAAGCAGUACGUCGAGAUGUACGUCACCGCCAUCAACGAGCUCGGCGGCAGCGCCGACCAGGGCGAGAACGGCGCCGCCGACAUGCCCGUCGGUGCCACCGCCAAGCCCGCGAUCAUCUACGAGUCCACGGUCGACAAGGGCCGCAACUGGGAGGUCGCCUUUGCCGUCUCCGACGGCGAGUUCCGCCAGGUCUCCUUCGUCAACAACAUCGCCACCAUCAAGGGCGGCAAGCACGUCGACCACGUCGCAGACCAGGUCAUCACGCGCCUCAUCGAGCACGUCAAGAAGGACAAGAAGACCGGUAAGGUGCUGCCCAACCAGGUGCGCCAGCAGCUCUGGGUCUUUGUCAACUGCCAGAUCGUCAACCCCACCUUCGACGGCCAGACCAAGGAGACACUCACCCUCAAGCAGAACGCCUUUGGCAGCAAGUGGACGCUCACCGACGAGUUCGCCCGCAAGGUCAUCAAGUCGGGCGUCGUCGACAACAUCGUCAGCUUUGCUCGCUACAAGCAGGACCAGGCGCUCAAGAAGACCGACGGUCACAAGCGCACCAGGAUCACCAACAUCCCCAAGCUCGAGGACGCCAACAACGCCGGCGGCAGAAAGGCGCGCGACUGCACCCUCAUCCUCACCGAAGGUGACUCGGCCAAGGCGCUCGCCGUCUCCGGUCUCGUCGAGGUCGGUCGCGACAACUACGGUGUCUUCCCGCUCCGUGGUAAGCUGCUCAACGUCCGCGAGGCCUCGCACGACCAGAUCAUGAAGAACAGCGAGAUCAAAGCCAUCAAGGAGAUCCUCGGUCUCCAGCACGGAAAGCAGUACCUCGACGUCAACAGCCUGCGCUACGGCAGCAUCAUGAUCAUGACCGAUCAGGAUCACGACGGUUCGCACAUCAAGGGUCUCAUCAUCAACUUCCUCGACCACUUCUAUCCGUCGCUGCUCAAGAUCCCCGGCUUCCUCGUCGAGUUCAUCACGCCCAUCGUCAAGUGCACAAAGGGCAAGCAGGAGCUCUCGUUCUUCACCAUCCCCGAGUACAUGACUUGGAAGGAGCAGCACAACAACGGCAAGGGAUGGCGCAUCAAGUACUUCAAGGGUCUCGGUACCUCGGACUCCCAGGACGCCAAAAAGUACUUCCGCGCAAUGGACAAGCACAUGCUGCCCUUCGACGUCACCAAGGACGGCGACCGCGAGCUCAUCGACCUCGCCUUCAACAAGAAGAAGGCCGACGACCGCAAGGAGUGGCUGCGCCAGUUCCGUCCCGGCACCUACCUCGACCACAACAUCGACACUAUCCCCUACGCCGACUUUAUCAACAAGGAGCUCAUCCUCUUCUCGAUGGCCGACAACUUGCGUUCCAUCCCUUCCGCCGUCGACGGUCUCAAGCCCGGUCAGCGCAAGGUCAUCUUUGGCACCUUCAACCGCAGGGGCGACGGCGAAAUCAAGGUCGCCCAGCUCGUCGGUCACAUCAUUGGCACCACGGCCUACCAUCACGGAGAUGCAUCGCUCACCAUGACCAUCGUCGGUCUUGCACAGAACUUUGUCGGUAGCAACAACGUCAAUUUGCUCGAGCCGAGGGGUCAAUUCGGUACCCGUUUGCUCGGUGGUAAGGACGCCGCCUCGGCUCGUUACAUUUUCACCGCCCUGCCCAAGAUCACGCGCGCCCUCUUCCCGCAGGCCGACGACGCGCUGCUCACCUUCCUCGACGACGACGGACAGAGCAUCGAGCCAGAGUGGUACAUGCCUGUGGUGCCCCAGGUGCUCAUGAACGGCGCCGAAGGUAUCGGCACCGGUUGGUCGACGUCGGUGCCCAACUACAACCCGCACGAGAUCGUGGCCAACAUCCGACGCCGCAUGGCGGGCGAGGAGGUGGUGCCGAUGAAGCCAUGGUACCGCGGCUUCACCGGCGACAUUGACGAGGUGGCGCCGGGCCGCUUCAAGGUAAGCGGCCGCGUCACGCAGAUCGACGACAAGACGUACGAGAUCACCGAGCUGCCCAUCCGCACCUGGACAUCGACGUACAAGGAGGGUCUCGAGGAGCGCAUCGUGUCGACCGAGAAGGUGCCGGCGACGAUCAAGGACUACAAGGAGUACCACACCGAAUCAACGGUGCACUUUAUCGUCGAGCUCACCGCCAAGGGCCAGGCCGAGAUCGCCGAGAAGGGCGUCGAGGCGUUCUUCAAGAUGUCGGCGCAGAUCUCGACGACCAACAUGGUGCUGUUCGACCAGGACGGCAAGAUCAAGAAGUAUUCGACGCCCGAAGAGAUCCUCGAGGACUUCUACCUGCUGCGUCUGUCGUACUACCAGAAGCGCAAGGAGCACCUAGUGGACCAGCUCAAGCUCAUGUACGACCGGCUGUCGAACCAGGCGCGCUUUGUGCAGAUGAUCAUCAACCGCCAGCUUGUUGUUUCGAACCGCAAGCGCGCCGACAUUGUCGCCGAGCUGCGCGAGAACGACUUCCGCCCCUUCCCCAAGCAGGGCAAGGCGGCGGUGGCGGCCGAGAUCGAGGAUGCCGAGCCGGUGGACGAGAGCGACAUCUCGGCGGACUCGGACUACGACUACCUGCUCAACAUGGCCAUCUACAACCUCACCAAGGAGAAGGUGGACAAGCUGCUGAACGAGCGCAAUCACAAGGAGGAGGAGCUCAGGGUGCUCAUCGGCCGCACGCCGCAGAACCUGUGGGACGAGGACCUGACCAACUUCCUGGGCUUCUGGGACGAGAUGCUCGCCGAGGACGAGCGCCGGCUCAAGGACGUGUCGUUCAAGGUGCAGAAGGGCAAGCAGGUCAAGAAGGUGGCGCCCAAGGGCGGUGCGGCGCGCCGGGUGCUCAAGAAGCCGCUCAACUCGGAUGGCGAAGAGGAUGACGACGUGACCAUGGACGGCCUCGACGACUCGGAGGACGACUUUAAGCCCGCGGCAACAAAGAAGAAGACGACGACGGCCGCCCGGUCCAGUCCGGCGCGCAAGCGUGCUGCCGCGGAUGCGCUCGACGACGACGACAUGGCGCGUCUGCUCGGCACCACCAAGGCCGCGACGGCAGCCAAGAAGCCGCGCGCCAACGCCGCUGCCAGCGCCUCGAGGUCGGCGACGGCGUCGCGCGCGACCACGCCGCAGGUGACCGCGGGCGCUGAUCUGUCCGAUGACGACGGCGACGCCAAGCCCAAGCUCGCGCCGCUCUUCCGCAAGACGGCCACUGCGGCAGCCAAGAAGAGUGCGGCGACCAAGACCAAGGCGGCACCGGAGACGUUUUCGCUCUCGUCCGACUCGGACAAUGAGUUGAUCGUGGCGCCCAAGGCGAAGAAGGCGGCGGCCAAGCCCGCAGCAGCCAAGCCCGCAGCCAAGCCCGCAGCCAAGCCGGCGGCCAAGAAGGCGGCUACGGGCGCGGGACGCAAGAAGGCGGCGGCGGUGGCGUCGGACACGGAGGACUCGUUCAGCAUGGACAGCCCCGAGCCGGCGCCCCGAGCGCGCGCAACAGCUCGCACGGCACGCACGGCGUCGAGCAAGCUGAGCUACAACCUCGACGAUUCCGAAGAGGAGUAG